GGUUGGGGCAAAGUCGAUUCUUAUCGAUGGUAAACAACAUCGACGGUUUACGGAAAUUAGCAUUUACCUGAUAAGCAAGUAGAACACAGUGGCCAGAGAUAUAACGCCAUGCUAUAAACGAUUCACGGGCACGCUUCCGUCUGCCCCAACAAAUAUCUAGACCAACUUCAGUCGGGGGGACAGACACGGCGAUAAAAAAAACAUCAGUCGACGAAAGCUUCCCCUUGUAACGACAAUGUUCGCCACACUGAAAAACAAAAUCAAGGAGGAAACUGGUGAGGACGUGGUUCACUCGGCCAACCAGCGUUAUCCCAGCAACAACAACAACAAUUACCGGCUACGUAGUCGCCGCGUUAGCAUUAAUUCCAAUUCAGCUGAUGAUGUGGGCGGUGGCGGAUACUACAAUGAGUCGGAGCAACUGUGCCAACUUCGGAGUCAGUGCAACGAGCUCACCACCAAGUUGGCCACAGUCACGCAAGGAAUGCAGCAGCUGCAGGAGGAGAAAACCCGGGUGGAUAAGACUAACGAGAUCCUGCUAGAGAGCGUCCGAGUGGCCCAGACCCAAAAGGACAUGUACUGCGAGGAGCAGGAGAAGAUCCAGAAUCUGCAGCAGAUCGAAAUCGAUAAGCUGAAGAACCUGCUCAGUUUUCGGGAGCAGGAAUCGGUGGAUCGCAUGGGACACAUGCGCCAGCAGAGCCAGCAAAUCGAGUCCCUCAGUGAGGAACUGGAGCGCCUGCGUCCCAUUGAAUCCGUGGCCGAGGAUCUGCGUGACGAAUUGGAGCAGCUGCGGCAUGCCACCCAGCAGGAGAAGAACCUGCUAACCACCACAUUAGCGGCCGUGCAGGAGGAGAACCGACACCUCAAAAAGCGCAUGAAGAUCGUGGAGGAAUCGCGCUUGGAGUCACUUGGCAAGCUGAACUCCGAGCAGCAGGUGCAGGCACUUAUUCGGGAGCAUAAGCUGCUGGAGCAGCACUUGGAGGAAGCCCACCUGCAAUUGUCGGACAUCAAGGGUUCGUGGAGUGGCCAAAAUCUAGCGCUGGAAACUCAAGUCAGCAGGUUAUCCAAGCAAGUAGCUGAGGAGACCACCGAAAAGCGAAAGGCACUUAAAUCCCGCGACGAUGCCAUCGAAAGCCGUAAGCAGGUUUCAUUCGAAUUGGAAAAGGCCAAAGAUGAAAUCAAGCAGCGGGACGAUAAGGUCAAGCUGCUUGAGGAGGAAAUCGACGAGCUGAGUGUGGCCUUGAAAGAGUGCCGCGAGGAGAACGAGCAGCAAAUCCUCUUUGAGCGCAACAAAUCUCAAAAUCUGGAAACAGAGGUAAAAGAUCUCAAGACUCGUCUCACGGCGGCAGAUGACAGGUUCACCGAAUACGCCUCGAAUGCGGAGCAGGUGGCCCAAAAGCUACGGACGCAAGUGACUGAAAAGCAGGAGCAGCUAGACGAAACCAUAAUGCAGCUGGAAAUCGAACGAGAGGAAAAACUGACUGCAAUACUCCGCAAUGCGGAAAUCGCCCAGAGCGAAGACAUUUUACGGCAACAACUGCGCUUGGAGCGCAGCGAAGCCACCGAUCUCCAGGACAGGAAUAUUCAAUUAGAAAAGGAUAUAUCAGAAGCCCGACAAACGCUGCAACAGGUCAACAGUACGGCUGAGGAUAAUGCCCAAAAGUUGUCCGAAUUUGAGGGAAUUCAAUUGGAAAUAGUCGAGAAAAAUAAGACAAUAAAAACCUUAAACCAGCGUUUGGUUGACCUGAAAAAGACCGUGCAGAAGGAAUUGCGCAGCGCGCAAAUAUCCACAGAAAACGAAUCUCAUCCAACAACGAUCCUUGGUCACAAAAUCUCUAGCUCAUCUAUAGAGCCUUUUCCAUCUGGCGACAAAGGCAACUGCAUCAUAAUGGACGAAGUUAAUUUUCAAUAUUUGAAACACGUCAUUGUGAAGUUCUUGACCAGCCGCGAGGUGGAAGCGCGUCAUCUUGUACGUGCCGUCUCCACUUUGCUUCAACUGACACCCGACGAGGAGAAGCUACUGCAUGACACUUUGAAUUGGAAAAUGAGUUGGUUCGGCAUGAAACCCACUUAAAUUACCCACUGCAAUAAAUCAUAUUUGUAUUCUAGUCUGUAGUCAAUUCAUAACGUUCGAGUAAUUUGUACAUACCAAUUACAUACGAUGCACUGUGUUAUUUUGUUUACCAACAACAUUCCAUUUUGUUAAAUAGUAUUUAUUUCUACCGUUGUGAUUUUUAUAAUAAACUAACAUUUAUGUAAA